CGGCACCCCGCCAAAGGCACCACGACAACAGCAGCAGCUGCUCCAGUGGUGGUGGUUGGUGUCGCCCCCCCACCUUGACCAGCCCCCCCCCCAACUCGCCGCCAUGUCUGGGGUGCAACGUAUGAAGGUGGCCAACGAGAGGCACAGCAAGAGCACCACUCAGAGGGGGGGGGCCUCCAUCGGGCCCCGACCCCAAGAGGAAAAGGCCCCUGUUGGCCCCUGGCUCCUGGCCCUCUUCGUGUUCGUGGUCUGCAGAUCAGCCAUCUUCCAGAUUAUCCAGAGCAUCCGACUUGGAGGUUAAUGGGGAGAAGACGGGAUGCUAUCCCCACCACCGCCACCAAUCCUCCUCUCAGGGAACUGUGGGAUCUUUUCUGGACCUCCCAAUUUACAGCCAUGACAGUCUUCCUCUGCCUGCUACCAAGAACCAGAUCUCUCCCUCCCUGCCUGCUCUCGUGAGACCCCCUAACCGAUUCCCUCCCCGCUCUCUGUCCCAUGAGCUGUUGACCACUUUGGAGAGACGCUGGACUGAACGGGGGCGAUCUGUCUUCUCUCCCCCUCGCCUCAUGGAAGCGUGGGACUUUUUCCUUUGGAACUGAAACGAUGCAUUGCAAUAAGGA